GGUUGCAGUUUUGAACAAACUAACCUCUAAAUCUGAGCUUGUCAUGGUAUUAGUUAGAGCAUUUGUCUUAAAAUGCAUGCGACACAACAUUUUAUUUCGUGCUGAAUAUAUUUCAACUAAAUCUAAUAAUAUUGCUGAUGCCAUUUCUCGUAAACAGUGGACCAGGUUUCGCCAGGCCGCACCAAACGCAAGGAGGGACCCCGAACCCAUCCCCCACUCAUUUCACAACCUUAUUUCAAGUUUGAACUUGAUCGGCUGCUAGAAGCUGCAAUAUCCGAUAACACACACAGGGUUCAAAAAGUCGGUUUACUGUCGUAUCAAAAAUUUUGUCAUCAGUUCGCACUUGUAUAUUGGCCUCCAACACUAUGUUCGGUGGUUCAGUACUUAUUGCAUCUAUCAACAUCUGGCCUUGCUUAUUCAACGGUGCGUUCGUAUUUGUCUGCAAUUUCUUACCACUGCAAGUUACAAGGAAUAGGGGACCCAACUUCUCAAUUUGUAGUUACAAAGCUUUUGCAGGGCAUGAAACGGUUAAAUCACAAUUCUGAUACAAGACUGCCUAUAACUAAAGACUUGCUUGAAAAAAUAAUUUUGGUUUUACCCACUACAUGCACUAAUUCUUAUGAAACAAGUCUUUUCUCGGCAGCAUUUUCACUGGCAUUUCAUGGUUUAUUUCGUGUCGGUGAAUUGACUGUUCACUGUAAAAUUCCGAACAAUAUUGUACUUGGUAUGGAAAAUCUAACUCUAGACCCUGAUAAACAGCUAUUGUUAAUCAAUCUCAAACAUUCCAAGACUGACCAGGUAGGAAAAGGUACCAUUUUGCAAAUUGGUAAAUCUGAGGGAGUUGGGUGUCCAUUCAAGCUUGUUGAGAAAUAUUUAAGUGUUCGCCCGUUGACUGCAGGGCCUCUUUUUUGUCACUUUGAUAAGACCCCGCUCACAAGAUACCAGUUUACGGCAGUACUCUCAAAAGCAAUAGUUCGUCUUAAGUUACCGGAGAACACAAGAUACAAAUCUCAUUCUUUUCGGAUUGGAGCUAGCACUGAAUUGGCAUUGCAAGGUUUUUCUGCGGAAACAAUUCAGAAAUGUGGAAGAUGGAAAUCUUCGUGUUACAAGUCAUACAUUCGCAUACCAAAAUUCUAACUCAUAGGCUUUGCUUAUCUAUUGUAGACAAAGAAAAAGUGUGGUUAGUGGGGUCCUCAAUACUGAAGCAUGCUCAAUUAGAAGCAUUUUUAAGGCCUGGAGGUCUUCACCUGAACCUGAAAAGGCUAAAUAUUUCAUUAUGGUGGCAGGGGUACAGUGGCCUGAAAUUGUCCCAAGUAGAGCAGAAGCUUAAAACCCUUGCAAAAGUGGGUCCUGCACCAAAUGUCAUUUUAAUACACUGUGGGGGAAAUGACUUAGGGGAGACAUCUAUUAGAAAGCUCAGGCUAGUUUGCAUGAAGCUUUUUCAAUUUAUUCAAACCAACUUCCCACAUUCUAAGGUCAUUUGGUCUUGCAUCCUUCCACGCAUACAAUCGCGUUAUUCUCAAAACUCUCGUGCUAUGGAAUCACAACGUAAACGCCUUAAUUCUUGUGCAUCCAGGUUAGCCUUGCGGUAUGACGGCGCAAUUAUCCGCCAUCCUGAUAUAAAGCAUGACUCCUUGUUCUUCUGUGAUGGAGUACACUUGUCAAAAUUGGCUAAUGCUGUUAUCCUAAAUACUCUUCAGGGGGGCCUUGAGGCUAUCUUAACAAAAGGGCAUGCUUGUUAUCCGGCUUAGCAAGCUUACCCUAGGGCACGGUUGUAAGUUAAAUCCGCUCAUACCCCCACCCAUAUGGUGGCGGAGUUCCCAAUCUCUAAAGCUCCAUAGCUGCUUUCGAGUUUGGGAACUUAUGGCGUGAAUGAGCGGCGCUGGUCAUUUCAGACUAGUGCAUGUAUUAUUAUGUGGACAUCGACCCCUGCACCUCCCAAGGGUCAAUCGUAAAUUCUGGACUUCUGCACCUCCCAGAGUCAAGGUAUUAAACCUGUGAACUUUGAACUUUGAGUGAACUUUGAAUGAACUUUGAACUUUGUUUGAAUUUGUUGAAUUAUGUUAACUACAUGUAUGAUGUUACUUGAU